AUGUGCAGCAAUGCGCAACGACGUUCGAAGUCGUCCCUGCCGAUGAAGAUGGGGUUUCUGCACGUGGCGACCGAGGGACGCUGUGGCAGGGAUCUCUUCAGCAUGGCUGCCGAGUUCCGACAGCCCGUGCCCAAGUCGUAUCCGCUACAACAUAUCAUUUCAAUGGCCCGUCGUCCUCAACAUCUAGGAAUGUGCAAUGUCGCGUCGCAGUUCAACCACGGCAUGAUGGACGUGAAUUUGGCUUCGCCGUGCACUGUCGAAGCUGGAACUGCGCGAGGUCCAGAGACUCUUGGUCCUCAAGCCUCUCUCUCUGGCCAGCUGAAAGAGGGCCACGAUGCCGACUUCAUCGCCGUGAGCCACAGUCCGCUGGACGACAUUGCGGUUCUUGCUAAGCCCAAGGAGAUCACAUAUGCAAGCCUAAUCAACAAUCCCGCCCCUCCUUUUCCGCUCGUGUACGACGUGAAGCUUGCAUUUGACCGCAUUUUCACUUUCGAACGCAUCACUAUUGUGCGAUCAAGAUGCCCCGCCGUGGACAUGAUACGCCAUUGUGUAUGUUGUGUUCUCUCGCUUCGACGACACGCUCCUCUAGCUCUUCCAAUGCUCUGGGGCAUUCGAAUGCUCGGCCCUCUCUCCCGUCCAAGACACGUCCAUAAUCCCUCAUCAUUCACGAGGGGCCGCAGGUUUAAGCGGUCUAGGACUCCAGGCGGUUCUACAACCCGGUUCCUAUCCCGGCCGCGAUCCCGAUCCCGUCGAUCCUCCCGCAUUUUGAGCACAGGGCAUCUCAUUUCACCAUCGACAAUGCAUUACAGUACUUCUGGCGGUGAAGCUGCAUUUUAUGGCGACAAGAAAGCUGCCAUAUUGGUAUCUAUGACAUUUCCCGUUGCAGCCAGCACCGUGAGCCUCUUUAACCAAGUUUCAACUAACGCUUUCGUUGACUCGUCUGCUGCGGGACAAUGGACCUACGACGUUGCACCAGCGUGGAACAGAGACUGCACGUCCCUCCUUGCCUCCGAUCUGCAGAGAAACGAUUCUCACAUGCGUCGGCGUCUGAGCACAACCUUUCCCGAGCCCUCGGUAGGUGCCUGUCUAUCCAUUAUGUGCUACAGUCGACACCCACGCAGGAAUCUCCGUGAUGGCGCGACCUGUCGAAACUCUUCAGCGAAUCCAUCCCAGCGAGUUCGCCUCAAGCUUUUGGAUGCGUGGUCGUUAUACAGAAUGCUCCUACAUCCACAUCGCUUGCAGCCAAUCGAACAAGCACUCCUCUACCGGAAUACCGAACACACUACUGUAGCUAAGGUUUCUAAGGGAAUUUGCCUGGAGAUUCAGGUUGUAGAUUGCUUUUUAGCCGGAAGUGGAUACAAGCAGUCUCCAAUUCUAGUCAUCAAGUCGGGUCGACAGCAAGGAUCAGGUGGAUCUCUGAGGAAUCAGCACCGACCAGCAGGAUGGGGCAGCUUUGGCUGGCUGGACCUGACUGAUCACUACAGUACUUGGUCGUCUGGCAUCUGCUAUACCGAAGUCGAUCUCAUCAACCGUUGCUUUUUCUGCGAAGCCACCUCAGACCAAUACUGA